UGUUAUGAGCCAGAAAUUGGAGUGGAUCAUGCAAACUAUAAUUAUUGUAAGUAUCGUAACUACAAAUCUAAAUUGUUAUCUGUAGAUGCUUCGAGCUUUCAUUCAAGACCCAUAGUACUCAAUUCUUUCAUGCAGAUCCUAUUUGGCCUAGUGGCCAUUGGUUCUCUGGAAGUAGCUGGAGAGAGUCAGCCGAGAGCCACUUUUAAAGGGAAAACCAUUGGUGUUAACGAUAUCUUGACGGACGUCCAUGUCAUGGAAAACAUAACCUGUUAUGCACCGGACAACUCAGAUUUCUCAUGGCGUAGCCCUGGAAACUGCAACGAGAAGCUACCCACUGACUACAACGUUAAAGUAACGAAAGAAAAGAAGAACAAGACUACUAUAGAGACACUAUCAUUUACUGCAUUCGUUGAAAAUGGCAUUUUCACGUGCGGUGGAUGCGACCACAGUAUAGCAUUUACGAUAUAUAACCCUGAUAACACCACCAGAGACGCCUUGGUGGCUUCCAUCAGCGUUCUGGCUGCACUGUUCGUUUUUUUGUUAUUAGUUGCCCUGUACGCGAUACGGGGCAAACUGCGAUCAGAAGAUGCCCUAGAAUUGCAACAACGGGAAAGUCAAGCCCGGCGAGACACCGCCAUCGAAGAUACACCUUAUGCCCGCAGGGCGGAUGAUGGCCCUCCGCUGUACUCUCCGGACCUACCACAGACAGACAGGAGAGUACUGCCAGCCGAAACUAUGAUGCAAGCUGGUGUGUGGCCAUCGUUCCGCCUGGCCCCCAGGUCGGCGGAGCGCAGAGAGGAAGUGCACGCUCUACACAGCAGAGCGUGUAGUGCCUCUCUGCGCUCCCAGUCACCGCAAGCAGCACCGUCGCCCGUGGGCCAGGCUCCAGCAAUGCCACCACCACCCCCUGAUUCGCCUCCUCCUCAAUACAAGGAGGACGACGACUCAGAGACGUCCGUCUAAAUGCUCCUCCUUGUCAUCAUCAUCCCCCAUCACCAUCAUCACCAUGCCUCUCUUCAUUCCCAUUCAGCAUUAUUUAUCUCAUAACUUGAUCUCUUCCGUAAUUUUCAAUACAAUCAUGUACAUACUUUAUCUGGUCAUCACGACCAUUUCAUCCAUAUAAUUAUAAUUAUGUGUAAUUUGUAAAAUUAAUAGUUGUUAAAGUUACAUGUAACUUGCUAAAGUACUUUUAUUGUUACGAAGUAUAUUCAUAUUAGUACUUUUAUUGUUAUAUUCAUAUUCAUUGAGUUAUGCUUACAUUGUUAAAGUAAUCCAAAUGUCACUUCAGCUCGUCCUACUUAUUGCCAUAUAAAAAUUGUUGUCUCCUCGUCGAAUAUUUAUGCAUAUCAUACAUUUACAUGUCUGCAUCUAUUGUUCCUCUCGUUUGCUAACAGUAAAUUUACUUCAGAUAUAAUCACUACUUGGAUGCAGUGAUUUACUUAAUGCAGUGAAUGUGAUUUUCUGUCUUUGA